AAAAUUUUCUUCUGAAUUUGAUUCCGUAAAAUUUGGUGAAUUUAGUUGAAAUCUCCUGGCAACUCUCAUCGAAUUUCGAAAAAGCCGUUUGGAUGAGAGACUAACCUUAGAGAUGGCAUACAAUCGCUUCGAAGGGCAGUCGAAACCACCACAAAUAGAAAACUGUUUUCCUGGACCAUCAGGAGAAGAUGUUGAAUCUAUGGACUUUCAAGAGGAGGAGCUUGCCAAGUCAGUAUCCAGUGUUUCGGACACAAAAUUUGAUAUUACCAUUGGGCAUAUAGAAGAUAUCAUAAUGGAUGAUGCAUUCCAACUACUUCAACGAGAUUUCAUGGAAAAACAUUACAAAGAAUUUGAAGACACAGAAGAAAAUAAGCUAAUCUACACUGAAAUAUUCAACAAUUAUGUUUCAUUGCUAAACAAACAUAUCGAAGAUGAAUUAACAUCAAGAAUACCUGACUUUAGUAUGGAGGAUUUUUCACAACAAUUACAAAAGAGGUCAAAAAAGAAACAACUUGAUGGCGAGAUUUUUGAAAUGCUGUUAACAUUCAGUGACUUCAUAUCGUUUAAAGAAAUGUUUCUAGAUUACAAAGCAGUGAGUUUUUGUUUUCUUUUCUUUCUUAUAAAAAUAGUAAAUGGUAAAGAUAUACAGCCCUGUGAAGGCCAAAACACAACACUGAUUACACCUUGCAAGUUUCCAGAACCAACGUCAUCCACAAAAACAACAGAGUGA